GUCUCUGCUUAGGUUCCUCCCAUCACUCUCUGUGAUGAAAAAAUAGUUUGUGAAACAAAGCAAGGGUCGGCAUGCAAGCAGUGGCAUUGGUCCUUGUGGCUACAUCCUCUCAUCGUUCUGUGUCCGCUGCACUGGGAAUUCCUCCCGGUGCUUUCCAGCUCCACCUGCCUCCCAAGGUUUUGUGCUGUCACUUUCCCAUCGGUCCCAACCGGCACGACCACUGGGUAGGGAUUAUUGGAAUUAUGCUCCAAACCAUUCUGCUUUUGGGAGGGCUGCAUUCAUCUGUUCUUGAGGUGUGUGAGGGCAUAUGUGAGCGGCAAAGAUGUUCUGCAUCCGGAUAAACGCAUUUGCAGUUUGUGGCUAAGCUAAUGUGCAGCUUUCCCUUGGCAUUAGCCAUGUUUUCAUUUAAUAUGUGUUGAAGUGCUCCUGGUGUGAACUUUCAUUCUAAGUGGCAUUUAAAUUGUUCACCCCUUUCCAAACCCUGGCUUCACAGAGAGCCAUGGUCUCUGAGCCGCAGCCUCCUUUCUCGGAGUAUGCCCAAGGCAGCUUCUCUUUUCCUGACAGUUUGAACUUUACUAGCUUCAGAACAUUUCAACAGACACGGGCUUUGGCCUCGCAGUGUUGAGUUAUACAACUCCUUCCUUCCGCCUUCCUUGUGCUCCUGGGUAAUGCAAAUAAGGAACAAGAGGAAAUGGUUCUUGGGUUUCAGCAUUCUCCUUAGCUGGUUGUGAACUGGAAAAUAUGGUGUUUGUUUACUUGGGGCUGGCUGCAGCAGCCUAGAGGGCAGCGAUGCCCUGCCAAGCGCCAGCAAAGGUGAGAAUUUCUUCUUGAAACCAUCCAGACCAUUUGCUUGUGGACUUCACUGGGGAUGUGGCUCAUGCGGAGUGAAUGGGAGACGCAGGAAUGUAUGACGCUGCUUAUACUGAAUCAGCCCUUUGGUCCACCCAACCCCGUCUUGUCAGCAUGGGCUGGCACUAACUGCUUUCCAGGGUUUCAGGACGGGUGUUUCCCCAGGGAUUAUCCAGGGGCUUUCUCAGUCACAGCCCCCAUCGUAGGAGUGCCGUCAAUCUACAUGAUUAGCACCCGGCUCCUGAUAGCAGUUAGAUCUGUAUUGCGAAGUGCAAUACAGGCCAUAUCCUCUAUGGCCUGUAUUGCGAAGUGCGUUGUGUGUCCAUAGAGGAUUGCACAGCUUUUGUGAGGGGAAACCGGCCAAGGAGUCUGGCUGUGUCCGUAAUGGCUGUGCUGUCAAAGUCUGCUGCCUCUGGGGCCACACGAGCCAAUGGGCUUUCUGUAAGACCUUCAUGCUGCAGUAGAGAGCGCAGCCCCUCCGAAGUUGUCCUUGAGCUUUGAUCUGGCAUCUCCGAAGCACAGCACUGGGAAGCAUUCCAGAACAGCGCUGGCAUCUUUGGAGGGAUGGUAUAACAACUGUUUGACUACAACUGUUUGACUACAACAGCAUUGUAGUCUGGUUGGUACCUAAUACUUUCCCAUGGUUUACUAAACUCAUGGUUAACUCAUGGGUUGGCCAGUAGAUGAUCAACAGACUGUGGUUGUUUGGUUGUUUUCUCAGCCCCUGGGUUGUUUCCUCUCUUUGUGCCCAUUCUGUAUCUCAAACGUCUUCAUGGUGCUAUAGUACUGGUGAGUGUCAGGGCUGUCCGGACAGGAGACUUUGUAGGUCAUUCAGUCAUAGGAUCGCCGUAAGUUGAAGCCAAUGUGAUGAUAUCUAACAACAGCAGUGUGGCGUGCUGGAUAUUUUUACUUACUGCCUUUGUAGCCUGGAAAAACAAUACAUGGAUAACUCACAGUUCUUGUCACAAUAACCCAGAGUUCAAAAUGUGUAACAACCUAUGGCUUCUCAUCCUGGAUUGUUUGUGGUUAACAAAGCAUGAUUUCUUAGCAUGGCUCUGUCAUUACAACCCAAAAUUUAACAACCCAUAGGUUAAGUAAACCAUAGGCUACCAUUAUGUACAAAGCAGGCCAGUGUCUUACCAUCUGGAACUUGUCUGCUGCUUCAAAACUUACCUGGCCUUGUAGAUGCCAAACUAAGGUAUUAUUGAGAUGAGACUUGCUGAGCUGGGACAAUGCCAGAUGCUACACUCCUAAAAAGAAAUUGAUGUUGGGUUAAUUCCAAAAACCUUUUCCCCUUAAAGUGGUUAUGUACACAUUUGAAAUAUAUCUGGACCGUGAAGAUGAGAAUGGUGGAAAGAGGUGUGUCUGGGGGCCAGUGAGUGAGCAGGAAGCAGCUUCAGGAGUGAAAAAGGUGAAUUAAGAAAAAAACAGGCAGAUCACUGGUAGGCAUUCCUUGACUGGGGUGGCCAUGUCUGCUGUCUGUGCUACGCCUCCCCCCAUCCUCUUGAUGUUGUGCUCUGUGGACAGUGGCUCUCCUCCCGUGUGCUCUUCUGUUCCCGUGGGCUCUUUGGUCUCCAGUGGCUGUGGCCGAGCUGGAGUGCAGGAGAGGCAAGACUCCUGACGCAGCACCCACCAGUCCAUCCGGUUGCCUCUCUGCCAACCUCGGGGUCACAGCUAAAGCCCUGGAGGUGAGUCAGACCAGUGGUCCGUUUGCUGUUGUGCGGCUGCUUCCAGGUGCUUCCUGGUGAUGCCUCAUGUGAGCCCGCCUGGAGCUUCAGGGCGCCUUGGACACCCAGUGUGAGGUGUGCGGACUCCAUGCGGCUGUUUCCUGCUUGGAGGAAGCGUCUGAGUGCGUGCUUUUCACGAUAACCCUGGGGCCAGCGGCAGGGACGACUGCAGAUGUCGUCUGCGAUAAGUGCGCAAUCGUAAUUAACGCGACAGAUGGGUGGGUGCCUGAGAAGCGCCUGUGCCUUGGUGCCGUUUGUGUGUCCAAGAACACCUUGGUUGUUUUUGACUGGCACAUUCUGAAGGGAGCCGUCUCCCAUUGCGGCAGCAGGUGUGCAAAUGACUGUUUAUCUUUUGGCGAGUGGCACAGACCGCUUGGAAAACAGGGUUGUGUGUCAUGCCGAUGUUUUGAAUGGAACGUUCCUUCACGGUGCCUUCGAAAUGGACUGUCUUGCUAAGGUAGUGCAAAGUAUUUGGAGCCGAUAACUGGACAGAUGUGUAUUUUAUUCAAAGCACUUUUAUCCCACCCCUCAGCUCAAAAGGCUGCUGUGCCAGCUUACACAUCAAACAAGACAAUACCUGCCCACAGGCUUAUCCUCUACAAAGUCACAACUUGCAAGGAAAAAAUGAAUGGGAGGGCGGAGGAAAAUGUGGAACUGCUUCCCACCCUGUGGCUUUCAGGAGGACAUGUAGGACGGCUCCAUUUCUUAGUCAUUGCUGUUAACAGCUUGUAGACAGUUGUGUGCCCAGAGUUCAUGGGGCACUACUUUAGGAGCAGCCUGGCUGGAUCAGACUAGAGUCUGGCACCCUGCUCUGUGCCCUGGCAAGCAAAUGCCUCCAGGGGCUUGAAGGCAUCUGCCCUUUCCUGCAGUCCAGGUUCAGAGGUUGUCAGGGAUGUGUUGCACUGCUGCUCACCCAGUCAGCAUGGGAUUUACAUGUGAAACCGGUGUGGCCCUUAACUUGGCCCCUCUUUUUCCUGAAGGGUGAAGCAGGGCUCUCUGGGGAGCAGUGGUCGCUUCCCGCCAGCCACGUCCUCCUGUCUCUCGAUGGGAAAGCGCUUUAAACAUUAGCCCUCGCGGCUGCCCCGUACCACCCCAUCUGACGCAGUAGCCCAUUCUGCAAAAUGGCUUGCUCCAGAUCAUUUGGGCUACAACUCCCACUAGCCCGAGCCAGCAUGGGCACCAAGCUGGAGAAGGACUGCUAUUUUCCCAAGGCAGGAGGCCCCCGCCGGGUGAGUUAACCGACCUGGAAUUUACAGUUUAUACAGAAGCCAGCGAGGCACACUCCUUUCCCCCAGCGUGCCCUCCCUUUUACGGCCAGUUGUUCUUCUGUCCCACAGGUCUGUUUCGUAUCCACUGGCAUAAACUGGAGCCUUUGUUUGCCCUGCAGGACCUGCUUGGCAUAGAGCGAAAGCUGUGGUGGAGGUGUCAGAUGAGGGACGUGGGCUCGUGUGACCGCAGGCUGCCAUGUGCCAGUGCGUGGGAGCAGCAGAAGUGGCUUGUGGGUGUCCCAGGCUCCCACUGGACUGGAGGUCCCUUUGCACAGGGUCAGCUUCUCAGGCUGCCAGCAGCUCUCCAAGGAGGGAAGCAGGGUAGUGUUUUCCGAGCCGUGAUACUGAAAAGCUCUGGAGGACUGAGCUCAGGGGCUUCUUGGACCCUGGGGAGUGAACUGGGCCCAUUGAGCUGAAUUCUCUUACUCAGCAGAUGGAGAGAAAUGCCCCCCCCCCAGGCUGCUAGAACCCAAAGACAAAUCCUGUGUAAGCGGCCAGUGGGAGAUUCAGCUUGGAUUGAAGGAAGUGCUCCUGUACGUGCUGCAUAGUGGAACUCACUCCUAUGAGUGUUGUGAUGGCCACCUAUUUGGACAGCUUUACCAGGGGACGAGGCACAUUUAUGGAGAUUAAGCCAUCAGUGGCUACUAGGCCUGCUGGCCACAGGCUUUCUGCAAAGGUGGUGCUUCCCGUUGCUGGGGAACCCGCCCCGGAAGGUGCUAAUUGUGGGCUUCCCGCAGGCAGCUGGUUGGCUUGUCUGUGACCAGAAUGCUGGACUGGAUCAUCCUCCAGUCUGGUCCAUCCCAGACUGGCUCUGCUUGUAUUCCUAUGUUCUUAAUGAAAGUGCAAAGAGCAGAAGCAGCUCUGAUGCAUGAAAGGCUUCCAGCUGAUGUGGCAAUAAUGCCUGCCAGGGCAGGAAGUGUUGUGAGCAUGGGGAUGUGAACCAGCUUCUUGGUUCCAUGUUGGUUUGCAGGUGUCAUUAGGCUCCUGCAGGUUGGUUGUAAUGUGUUGCUUAUAGCAGCUUUUACCACACCGUUGUUUUCACUGAAAUGGCUUGUAACUCUUUUUUAACAAACAUGCAUGGAGGAACCCGAUGUUUUGGUCAAAUAGCUUUAGUGCAUUUGGAAAGCCUUCAGGUCAUGCUCCAACUGUGGCAGAUUUGGGAUGUUGCUAAGGAACAGCAGGGCUGGAUCCAUGAAAUAUGGCUCCUUGUGGCAGGGGGUGCUUGUACAAGUCCCCAUUGCAAAGAAAUUAGUGCGAUAUGGACCGUAAAUCAUAUUACUUUUCCAGCGUCGAGAAGCUCCCUUUUUCCUUCACAUAAGCUUUGCCCUUUUCUCUCGUCUGUGUUGGGGAAUUCAUCGGUCACCCCUGCCGAAGUCUUCCUCCAACUAUGAUACUUUCAAAGCAACGGGGAAAAGUAUUCUGAAAGUUGAAAAGUCUUUCCCUUUGGAGGUUAGUGAAGGGCGGUGGUUCUGCGUGGGGCUGAGCUAAGGAGGCUGACCUGCCACUCUGCAUUGCUCGCUCGGACCACAAACACCGAUGGCUCCAAGUUCCAGCUGGAUGUGGCUCGUGCUCUGAAAUGGCAGAAGCAAGUGGCACAGCCUUGGAUUCAGGCCGCAGAUAAGAUGCAGAAACGUAAACAACACACACCACUCUGCUGCAUUCAUUUCUGGUAGCAAGUGCUAAAUGGCUGAGCUGCAGGCCUUUGCGUGCACUUGCGCCCUUUCUCUGCCCCCUUGUCUUGGUGGCACGCCGGCCCCAUGACGCACAGGCUAGCCAGGAAGGCGCCGUGUGCAUGCGCUUCCUGCGCUCCGCUGUGAAGCAACCCCAGCCCCUGGCUGUUGCGUUCACAAAAUCGCCUCACCUUGAGUUGGAUCAGGGCCCCUCGACAGCUUGGCCUGCGAGCACGUGCGGCUGCUCCCUCUCCGGUUCCCUGCUGAAAUAACCUGGAUGGCACCUUGUGCCAGGAGAGGAGCUAGCUCAGCCUUCCCCAGGUUGUGCCAUCUAGGAAUGAUGGGAAUUGCAGUCCGGCACAUAAGGAGAGCAUGCAGCUGGGAAAGGCUCACCUAGGCCAGGGCUUGUAAGGACUUCUGGGAACAUCAGCCCCCCCCCCCCGCAAAUCUGGAGAACCACCUUCUGCCAGUACCCAUGUGUUGCACAAGGAAAGAGGCCAGAAGGAGGGUGCUAGGAAUGCAUGUGGUCUUGAUUUCCUCCGGGACUGGGGGCCGAGCGGCACUAACUUUGGCCACUUGCAUCAGAUGCUGCCCCCUCCACCUCAAGGAAAAGAGUUGCAGAGCGCCCAGCCCGCCAGUUCUGUUGCUCCUAGUCGUAUCUCAGAGACCUUUUUCUGCGAGAGCAGUUUGUGCUGCUUCCUUGCAGAAGGAAAUUGAAGGGUGUUUGGAGGUGGGUGGGCAGUGGGCCUGGCUACGUGGUCAGGAGGAACUGCGCCUUGCCUCUGGUGCGUAGCUGACUACUGGGAUGAGUCAACCGAGGAGGAAUCAGCCGAACCUCUGUGAAGCAACCUGGGUUUUCCUUAACUUCUUGGGCUUCUGUGCAGGGCCCGUAUGGGUUGAUCUUCCUGCCAUUUCUGGCUUCCCACCAGCUUCCUGUGCCGUGUGGCACAAAUCAUUUGGUGUUUGUACAGUGUGUUUUCCCUACUGCAAGUAUUUCCUGAUUCAGACUAGCGGCAGAGCAGAUGAGCAGCAGUGCCUUGAACUUUCCCCUUCGCGUCACUCAGGCACAAAGCUUGCUGGGUAAACGGCGGGCCAGGGACCACUGCUCAGCCGAACUUCUUGUUGGGAACCUCAAAUGGAAAAGAGGAUCGUGCCAGCCACCUUAGGUUCCACGCAGGGAGAAAAGGUGGGUUAUGAUUGUCCAGAACAUAAAUUAAUAGUGGAAGUGGAGCACGCCCAUUUUCGGGAGCAUGCAUCUCUCCGAUUGCCCCUACGGUGCUGUUGCCGGCAGCGUGUGGUUGUUCAGAUGCAGCUUUUGGAAUGGAAACGAAAGUGGUGGAGUAUUGAAAAGCAGAUGGCGAGCCCAGAAAUGGCUCAGAGACCAGUCCCAGAUCUCAGGAAGAUCAUCUCGGGGAAGGUCCUCAGGAGAGGGAGAAUCAGUCUGCCUGAAAUCUCCGUGCAAAUCACAGGACCGGAGUGCAUGACCAGUGGGCAGCAUGGCUGUAAAUAAGGGACUGCAGUCCAGCAUAGUCCGAGGGCACCAGAUUGGAGGAGGCAGCUUGAUCACGGCUUUUAAGUUAUCAUGUGGGCAGCAUGCUGCAACUGGUUCUGCCUGAACGGGCAACCUGAGGAGAUUCAGCAUCGCCCGCAGCCGGGCACGCGAGCCUAUGCCAACGCCGGCUACAGCUCCUUCCCGUCUCCCACGGGCUCUGAGCAGAGCUGCAAAGCCUGCGGGGCCCGUUUCGGCAGCGCCUCCCUCAAGCGCAUCUGCUUGGACUGCAAGAAGGACUUCUGCCCGGCGUGCGCGCACCAGCCCGAGAGCGGCCCCUGCCUCUGCCACCUCUGCGAGCGCUUCCGCGCCACGGCCUUCCGGCGGGAGGAGCUGAUCAAGAUGAAGGUGAAAGAGCUGCGGGACUACCUGGAGCUGCGGGAGAUCUCCACCGAGCUGUGCCGCGAGAAGGACGAGCUGGUGUGCCUCAUCAUGGGCCAGCGGCCUGCCGGGGCCCAAGCGGAGCAGCCCCCCUGUGUUCCUCCCGUGACACCCGUCCCCUCUGCCCCGGAGAGCUGUUUCCCUGCGACGGCCUCGCUCGGCCCCUUCCUGGAGCAGGCCCCGGCAGAGCCCGCCUCGCCGACGGCACAGCAGCCGCAGGCAAAUGGGCACGUGCCCCCGAGCCAACAGGACAUGGCGGAGGUCGAGAAUGCGGUGGAGACGCUGGUCGAGGAGGAGACGCAGUCCACUGACUCUGAGGACACCCUGGUGGCCGGACGGAGGGCCUCCCUGUCUGACCUGACGAGCGCGAGCGACAUCGACGGCCUCUCGGUGAGGCAGCUGAAGGAGAUCCUGGCACGGAACUUUGUCAACUACAAAGGCUGUUGCGAGAAGUGGGAGCUGAUGGAGAGGGUGACCCGCCUGUACAAGGAGAAGGACCUCCAGCAGCUGGUUUCGGACACAGAUGAUCAAACUGCUCUGGCGGGGGGCGCCGCCACACUCCCCGGCUCGGAGGAGAAUCUCUGCAAGAUCUGCAUGGACGCGGCCAUCGACUGCGUCUUGCUGGAGUGCGGCCACAUGGUCACCUGCACCAAGUGCGGCAUGCGCAUGAGCGAGUGCCCCAUCUGCCGCCAGUACGUGAUCAGGGCCGUGCACGUCUUCAGGACUUAGAGGCGCCCGGCACGGAGCAGGUACUACUCCGCGGAGACUCUUCCACCGCGCCGCGGCUCCCUGGCCGCCCUUGCGAAGGAGCCCCGGAUGCCGGGCAGUGUGCGGGACGCAGGACAGAGCUGUGGUGGACCCGGCGGGGCGCCGGCCGUGCACUUGGCAACUGCAGCGCCUGGGGCGUGGGAGGCCUCGCCCCACCGCCUCGGUCUGCCCCGCUCGCACCGGGGCUGCCGGGCACGCUCUCCCCCUCUGCAGUGAAUAAACCAGGUGGUCCUCAGAGGAGGGGGGUGUUGCCGCUCUCAGUUCCCCACCUUUCUCUUCCUCUUGAACUUCCUGAGGCCUUCAGCAGGGUCUUCGAUUUGGAAAGCAAACCCGGGGACUCGUUCCAGAGGAAGGAGUUUGAGCCAAAUUUCCUUCAUGAACUGGUUGAUGAGCUAGCCAGCCUCCCAGUUCAGGUCGCAGUUCACCCGUUCCCGUCUGCAGCUUGCACAUGGGGUACAGCCGGCCCCGCGGCAUGUUCCGCAGAGUGGCGCCCACCACCAGUGCCGGGGGGCAGGGGGGCAGGCAGGAGAUUUGCCCCGUGAAGGAGGACUCCAGUGGGUGAGCGAGCGCCUGCGGCUUGUGGGAGCUGCCGCAGCUUCUGAGGAUUGGUCCGCCUUGCCCUUUCCUGUCGAGGGCCCCGCACCCCGUUUCCACUGCAACCUGCCUGGGCGGCUCACUGCGUGGACAGCAAGGGCAGCCCCCAUUCUGAUGCACGGCUCUCCGCUACGUGGCUGACGCACGUCCGUUGCCCUGCACUGAGCAUCCGGGGGUGGCGGGGGAGCCGGCCCCUUCUCGGCCGCUUCCAGCUCUGCAUCCAAGGAUUCCGUGAAAGUGCCUCUGUACAAGCCUGCCUACCAUGCACGACGCUCUGCUCUUCUCAUGAUGUUCGGGUCACCCGGCUGCAGUGUCGGGGGCAGGGUUUCGGAGGCCUGGCCAGCCUGUGGCUCCUUGGAAGGGGGCUGUUCCCUGUCCUGUGAGUGAGAGCCUGCCUCCCGUUGGUCGCGGCAGAGUCGCUCACCAGCCCCUCAGAGGCCGUGCCGUGCCGUGCGGGCAGCCGCUGUGCCCGUGGGCCCCGCCGGGGGCGCACGAUUCCAAAGCCUUAGGCGCCACCACGCUUCCCUUUCAGCGACUUUCUGCACAGCCGGGCCUUGGCGCUCAAGUGGCGCUCGUGGCCUGGCUCAGCUGAAUGGCUGCCUUGUUCUCUAAGUGACCAAAUGCCUCACGCUGCUUAAGGGGGCGUUAACCUGCCUUAAAUGUGUGAGUGGCGCGCGCGCAUGUGUGUGUGUGUGUGGUGUGAAGUGAGGCAAGUUUCAGGGCUCUGGCAACUGGGGGUGCAGGUGUGGGCAGGGCCCACUCCUCUCCCCUUCAGUUCCCCAGCCCUUUGCCGGAACUGGUAUGCUUUCUGUUGAGUUUUCCAAAGGGAUACGCCAGCCUGGUGGCGCAUGGGGGACGCUUGGAGGCGCACGUUUGUGUGCGUGCCGAUCGCAUCCUUGUACUGUGGGCAUGUUGCAGCCCCAGACGCCUGACCGGGAGUUGCUCUGACAUGGGGAACACUCAGCCCGUUCCCAGGCGGCAUCUGUUCCGGCUUGCCGGCUGUCCUUGCCAUUUGUGCCCCUUGGCAUCUGCCUCUUCUCCCUGCACGCGCCUCUGCAGCUGGCUUUUGUGGAUGGUGCAAGUGCUCCUCUUGGGGACGAUCCCAAGGCAGACACCUCCUGUAAUUGACUGCUGCCUUAUUACUCACACACUGGAAGCGUCACUCCAACCCGUACAAAAGAAGUCACAUCUCAGCCACAAGCCAUAACAGAGUAACAAACAUCUAUUUAAAAACAGAUUUUGAGAGUGUUCUUUCAGUUCAGGGCAACAACUGGGAAUCUUACUGGAGUCCCUCCCCUUUGCUCCUUUAUCUUUCUCCUCCCCUUCUGGGGCUGAAGGAUGUUCACAAAACCCACUGUGGUGCUGGACACUUCAGUGGCAGGGAGCGUGUGGCCCACCCUUGGCCGGCGGCCUUCCCCGCCAGCGUGCUGUGGAGUCUGGGAGUGGUGGUCUGGCACACCUGUAGGCGCACCCUGUUGUGGAGACCUUUGCGAUGGGAAACCAGCAAGGAAGUUAUGGUCAAGUCCAUACUUAAUUGUAGCUUGAAGAACCUUCUAGUGACGUACUCCUGCAUGAGGGAGAGUUGGCAGCAAGAAGUGCAGGACAGGCAUGAGGGUAGGUAGUUGGUAACUGCAUUAGGAAAAUGCCCCGAUCUGCCCGUGAUCGGUUAAGUGCGCAGUUACUCUUACACAGACGUGCCUCAUUGCCUGCAACAGACUCUAGGAAGCUAAGCUGGCACUAGAGCGAGAGAGGCUGUGCCGUGCGCGCACAGGACUCCUCCUCCGGUCGCCAGCAGUUCACGUAGGUACGUGCUGUCUCUGUAACAGAUCGCGAGGCGAGAGUGUUGCGUGGCGUUAGUCACGGUACCUCUUCCUCCUCCCGCCCCAGCUUGAUUACACAGUUGGGCAUUCUCCAUGCCUCUGACCAGAAGAUAAUCUGGCGGAGCAGUGCUGGUUCCCAACCGGUAAGAAGUGGUUGUUGGUGUUGCACUAAAGCUGUGGAUUGUGUUCUUAAGAAAGCGUAUUUUUGUAUAGCAACGUGUGCCUCUCUGUGCAGCAUGGAAGUAAAGGCCAUCUGUGAGGCAACGGUCCUGUUCAACAGGUCUCACUGGCACAGAGCCCUGCUUUAUAAUUUUAUAAUAAAACGGAAAUGUGUUUUAAAAA